AUGGCGACUCCUACAUCUCAGUUCAAAAUGUUGCGUCGAGCAUUCUCAGGACCCUUGGAAUGCCCGUUUGAGGGGCCACUACUGCUCCAGUCUUCUCAAUUCAAUAAAGGAUCUGCCUUCCCAGAGAACGAGCGCACUGUUUUCAAACUACAUGGUCUGCUUCCACCUAAUAUUCAGACCCUCGAUGAACAAGUUGAGCGUGCCUACCAGCAGUAUAUCAGCCGCGACAACGACCUGGCCAAGAACACAUUCAUGGCUAGUAUGAAGGCACAGAAUGAGGUGCUCUACUACAAGCUUCUACAAACUCACCUCAAAGAAAUGUUCAGCAUUAUCUACACCCCCACUGAGGGAGACGCUAUUCAGAAUUAUUCACGGCUCUUUCGAAAGCCCGAGGGAUGCUUUCUCAAUAUUCGAGAUGAAGACUCCAUGGACAAGUCUCUUUCGAACUUUGGCAAUGCAGAAGAUAUCGAUUACAUUGUGGUUAGUGAUGGGGAGGAGAUUCUUGGGAUUGGUGACCACGGAGUCGGAGCAAUCCUCAUUUCUGUCGCCAAGCUAGUGAUAACCACCCUUUGUGCUGGAAUUCAUCCAGCUCGACAGCUACCGGUUGUCCUGGAUUGCGGAACAAAUAAUGAGGAGUUGCUCAACGAUGAACUCUAUCUUGGGCUGCGACAGCGUCGAGUUCGGGGCGAGGAAUACGACCAUUUCGUGGAUAAUUUUGUCCAGGCUGCUAGAAAGCGAUUUCCCAAAGCCUAUAUUCAUUUUGAGGACUUUGGCCUUGGAAACGCACGAAGAAUUCUGGACCGAUACCAGUCUCAGAUCCCCUGUUUUAAUGAUGAUAUUCAGGGCACUGGCUGUGUGACUCUGGCUGCGAUGAUGGCCGCCCUGCACGUCAGCCAGGUAAAUUUGGACGACGUCCGCGUGGUCAUUUAUGGCUCAGGAACAGCUGGAACUGGUAUUGCCGAUCAGAUCGCCGAUACCAUAGCGACAGAGACUCACAAACCUAAGUCCGACGCCUCAAAACAAAUAUGGUGCCUCGAUAAACCCGGCCUCCUGCUCAGGUCCCACGGAGCAGAAUUAACACCAGCCCAGGCAUCUUUUGCAAGAGACGAUGCCGAGUGGCCAUCAGGGAAACAACAUGAUCUCCUUUCUGUUGUUGAGCAGGUCAAGCCUCAUGUUCUGAUUGGGACAUCAACUCGACCUAAGGCAUUUACAGAGGAGAUAAUUCGAGAAAUGACCAAACAUGUUGAAAGGCCUAUCGUUUUCCCGCUAAGUAACCCAACUCGUCUUCAUGAAGCCCAGCCGCAGGAUAUAUAUGAAUGGACCGGAGGAAAAUGCCUCGUUGCAACUGGCAGUCCUUUUCCUCCUGUUGAGUAUGGGGGUGCAACGUACGAGAUUGCGGAAUGCAACAACUCAACCUGCUUCCCUGGAAUUGGCCUCGGAGCUGUCCUAUCUCGAAGCCGUUUGGUUUCCAAGAAGAUGCUUGUCGCCGCUGUGGAAGCACUUAAAGCUCGAUCACCUGCGCUGGAGGAUCCUAAUCGGCCCCUCUUGCCCGAUGUGGAAGAUGUGCGAGAAAUCAGUGUCGAGAUUGCUGCUGGGGUAAUCAAGUGUGCUGUGGAUGAAGGACUAGCCCAGGAGGAAGGUAUCCCUCAUGAUGCCAAUGAGCUCCGAGAGUGGAUUCAAAUACAGAUGUGGCAAGCUGUAUACCUUCCUCUAGUUAGAGAGUAA